AUGUUUGUUGCUCAUUUGCCAGUGCAAGAAAUAUUCGAAAGUGGCAAGAUCGUGCCCAAAGAAUAUAUUCAACCUAAAGAUGGUGAUAAGCUUCCUCCUUUGCUAAUGAAUUAUGAAACAAUUGAUUGUUCACUUCUCUCAAUAUCAAACCAUGAAGAACUUGCUAAGCUUCGUUGUGCCCUUAUUACUUGGGGAUGUGCUCAGAUAGUGAACCAUGGAAUACCAGAAUCAGUACUAGACGAGGUACGAGAAAUGAGCAAGCAAUUCUUCAAGUUGCCAAUGGAAGAAAAACAAAAAUACUCAUCAAAAGGAAAUGAGCUUGAAGGUUAUGGAAAUACUAAUGCUAUUCAACAAGGAAGUCUUAACUGGAAUGAUAAAUUGCAUCUCCAUGUUUAUCCUCAACAAAAACGCCAAUUACAAUUUUGGCCUCAAAAUCCCCAUCAUUUUAGGGCAACUUUAGAAGAAUAUUCAAAGCAAAACAAAAAGAUACUAAGGAUAAUCCUAAAAGCCAUGGCAUGUUCUUUGAAUUUAAAAGAAGAAGAAUUUCUAGAAUUAUGGAAAGAUGAAGAUAAAGAUAAUUUACAUGCAAGAUUCAACUAUUAUCCACCAUGUCCAAUGUAUGAUCAAGUUGUUGGGCUUAAACCUCAUGAAGAUGGAACCCUAAUCACUAUUCUCUUGCAAGAUAAACAAGUUGAAGGCCUUCAAAUUCUUAAAGAUAAUCAAUGGUUUCAAGUUCCAAUCAUCCCUCAUGCUCUCAUCAUCUUAGUUGGUGAUCAAAUGGAGAUAAUUAGCAAUGGCAUAUUCAAAAGUCCAACACACAAGGCUAUUGUAAAUCCUCAAAGUGACAGAAUUUCCUUGGCUAUGCUUUUUAUUCCAAGCAAAGACAAAGAGAUUGGCCCAAUACAUGAACUAAUCAAUCAAGAGAGUCCUCAAUUAUACAAAAGGUUUAAAGACUAUGGCCAAUACUUCAAACAAAACAUUCCUUCAGGGAAAAGACAAAUUGAUGCUGUUAAGAUUCACAACUAAUUGUAUCCCGAUAGAAGUGUACAUUCGGGUGUUCGAGUGGGUUUCAUGUACGAUAUCACGAUACAGGUAAUUCAGUUCCUGUAUGUAUGUAAAUAUUUUGACAAUAUGAUUUUUAUAUUUAUAC